AGCAAGCUCAAUCACUUCCUAUAUCGGUCAUAUGACUCGCGCUGCAAUGGACACAUUCAUUAAAAGUUUCACUAUAAUUUCUUUCUUAACAUAUGGAUGUGUGUCAGCGACCCCCGUAAAUGCCUCAACUCCAAACAUUAUCAUUAUGCUUAUGGAUGACAUGGGCUGGGGGGAUCUAGGGGUGUUCGGCCAACCCUCCAAAGAGACCCCGAACUUGGAUAAGAUGGCAGCUCAGGGAAUGCUCUUCCCCAACUUCUAUACAGCCAACCCACUCUGUUCCCCCUCUAGAGCCUCCCUUCUGACAGGAAGACUGCCGGUCAGAAAUGGAUUCUACACCACGAAUGGCCACGCACGGAAUGCCUACACCCCCCAGGAGAUGGUUGGCGGGAUCUCCAGCGAUGAGAUUCUUCUGCCCCGUCUACUGAAGAAGAAAGGCUAUGUCAGCAAGAUAGUUGGCAAGUGGCAUCUAGGCCACAGGCCCAAGUUCCUGCCCCUGGAGCACGGCUUUGACCAGUGGUUUGGUGCCCCAAACUGCCACUUUGGCCCCUACAACAGCAGUAAGAGGCCCAACGUCCCCGUCUACAACAACUCUGAGAUGGUCGGCAGAUAUUAUGAAGAGUUUCAAAUCAAUAGGAAGACAGGAGAGUCCAACCUCACCCAGCUCUACCUACAGGAAGCUCUCGGUUUCAUCCACCAACAGUCCCUCAGCAGCAAGCCUUUCUUCCUGUACUGGGCCCCUGACUCCACCCAUUCCCCCGUCUACGCCUCAAAACGCUUCCUGGGGCGGAGCCGUCGGGGCCGGUAUGGCGAUGCGGUCAUGGAGAUAGAUGAUAGUGUUGGUCAGAUCCUUUCAUGGCUGUCUACUCUUGGCAUCGAACAAAACACCUUUGUCUUCUUCACUUCAGACAAUGGAGCAGCUGUGAUGUCGGGCCCCAACGAAAGUGGCAGCAAUGGCCCCUUCCUGUGUGGGAAGGAGACGACCUUUGAGGGGGGGAUGCGGGAGCCAGCGGUGGCCUGGUGGCCGGGGCACAUCCCUGGGGCAUCGGUGAGUUUCCAGUUGUCCAGUCUGAUGGACCUGUUCAGCACCAGUCUGUCCCUGGCUGGUGUCAGUCCUCCAAACCGGACCCUAGAUGGACUGGACCUCACCCCGGUCCUGCUCAACUCACACCCAAACAACACUUCCCUCACUGACCGGCCGAUAUUUUAUUACCGUGGAAAUCAGCUGAUGGCGGUGAGGCUCGGACCAUACAAGGCUCACUAUUGGACGUGGAGCAACUCAUUGGAGGAGUUUGAGUCUGGUAUCAACUUCUGCCCGGGCCAGGAGGUACCAGGGGUCACGACUCACGUCCAGAAGGAGCACACCAUGCAGCCACUCAUCUUCCAUCUGGGGCGGGACCCUGGGGAGAAGUACCCAAUCAGUGUGCUGUCCAUGGAGUACCAGACUGUACUCAGAAGAAUUGCUCCAGUUGUAAAACAGCAUCUGGACUCUCUGGUUCCAGCUGCCCCUCAACUCAACAUGUGUGACCUUGCUGCCAUGAACUGGGCCCCUGCUGGGUGUGAGAAAUUAGGAAAGUGCCUCAAAGGGCCGGAGUCCCUGCCCUGGAAGUGUGAGUGGCCCCACUAGGAGCAGGGGGCCAGCACCAGAGAUACUUCUGUCAUGUCCUUUUUACUUGAUAACGUCUAUUCUAUUAAUAGGCAUAUGCUGUACAUGGGUUUUAAUGUGUUUAACGUCUAACGUUGACAUCAAUCAAACUUCUUCUUUCAUUUUUAUUUCAGUGCGGUUACUCAAACAUGUGUUGUGAGUGCAAUAUUUAAAGAAAUAGUACUUUUCAUCUCUGUUAUAUUAUAAACUAUUGAUCAUCAUUAGGAUGCCUCUUUAACUAAGAAGUAAUCUUCAUUAAUUUAAUAGCUUGGUCUCUUUUGUUGCUGUGUAAGAGCUGCUGUGCUGUGAAAACAUGAAAUUAAAAUUGCCUGUUAUUAUUU